AAGAGAGAGAGAGAGGAAGAGAGAGAGAGAGAGAGAGAGAAAGUCCAACACUGCUACUGAAACGUGUCAGCUGUUGGUUAAGGGAGGCUGAAGAAGGGAGGUAGAGCGAGCGAGAGCGAGAGAGAGAGAGAUUGUAUGUAUUCCUGUGGGGUUGAGAGACCUUCCUCUCUCCGGCAGAGCAGCAAGAUGAAGAGCUACAUCACCAACACCCUCUCUGACUUCUUCUUCGAGUACGAGACCCCCCGUCAGGUGCUGGUGCGGAACAGGAGGGUGGGGGUCGUGUGCCGAUUGAUCCAGCUGGGGGUCCUGGCUUACAUCAUCGGGUGGGUGUUCAUCUAUGAGAAAGGCUACCAGUCAUCAGACACGGCCGUGGGUUCUGUCUUGACUAAGAUGAAGGGGGUGGGUUACACCAAUGUGGCCGGAGAGGAGAGGAUCUGGGACGUGGCUGACUACGUCUUCCCUGUACAGGGGGACUCUUCUUUUGUGGUGAUGACCAAUUACAUUAUAACCAAAGGUCAGAAAGUUGAAAAAUGUUCUGAGCCCCAAAACUCGAAGAAUCGAUGCAGCUCCGACUCAGACUGUGAAGGGAGAUCAGAACGUACGGGAGAUGGACAUACGACGGGGAAGUGCUUGGUGGACACAACUAAGAUGUGUGAGGUGCUAGCCUGGUGCCCUGUGGAAGAUGACAGCACCAUCCCAGAUCCAGCGCUGUUGAUGUCGGCAGAGAACUACACACUGUUCAUCAAAAACUCAAUCAGCUUUCCAGCCUAUGGUGUUACGAGGUCUAACCUCGUAGAAGGUAUCGACAAUCAGUACGUCAACAGCUGCCUGUACGACCCAAAGAAGUCCCCGCUGUGUCCCAUUUUCAGACUGGGUGACUUGGUACAGCUGUCUGGCUUCAGCUUCGCCACCAUCGCCAGAGUGGGCGGGGCGAUUGGUAUCGUCAUUGACUGGACCUGUAACCUGGACUAUGACCAGUCAGAGUGUAAACCGAUCUACUCCUUCCACGGUCUCUACGGAAACCCCCAGGAGACAGACACAGCCAGAGCAUCUGUGGGAUACAACUUCAGGUAUGCAAAGCAUUAUAUGGAGGACAAGCAGGAGAAAAGAACACUUCUGAAAGUGUUUGGGAUUCGAUUUGACAUCAUUGUUCGUUCACUGGCCAGAAAAUUUGAUAUCAUUCCAACACUUACAGCUAUAGGGUCUGGUGUGGGAAUCUUUGGAGUGGCGACUGUAGUAUGUGAUCUGAUUCUCCUGUAUCUACUACCCAAGAGGGAAUUCUACAACAACAUGAAAUUCAAGGUUACUGAAUCGAUGGAGAAGGAACCUUUAAAUGAGUUCAAGUCUGAAAAAGAAGUAUCCAAGAAACAUUCAGAUGAGGUCCUAGUGCAUCAUGAGGCCCCACUGUCAGAGACUUAGCCCUACAGCAGCUGCCUGGAUCAGCUCAGUCUAAGGAGUGAUUGUGCAGAGGACUGCUGACUCCUGGGCUCCAGACUGCAGUGACGGCUGGCUGCGGCUCCAACACCGCAGUACACUGACUCCAGGCUGCACUGAGACAUGGACAUUCUGAAACGAUAAAACAAGUGUGAUACUUUUCCGCUCUUCAGCUCAAUGAUUCAACUGCUAUUUAUGUCUUCAGAUCAUGGCAACAGACCUCGAAUGAUGCCCACGGUUUAGGAGAUAAAUAAAUAAAGAACAUUCUUUCAGAGACA